AUGACUAUCCCAUUCCCAGAUUUAAACCCUUAUGAAACAUUACAAGUCCCGCAAAGUGCCACGGAGCAAGAUAUAAAAAAAUCGUAUAGGAAACUAUGUCUUUUACACCAUCCUGAUAAAUUAAUCAAUAAAACUGAUAAUGAAAUUGCUCAAUCCAAAUUACAAUUUGAAAAAAUUCAAUUUGCUCAUAUGAUUUUAUCCAAUGUUGAUAAAAGAACAAGAUAUGAUAAGACUGGUUCAUUAGAAGAGAUUGAUUCAGAUGCAUCAUUUGAUUGGUUUGAAUAUUUUACAAAUAUUAAAGCUGAAAUUACUCAAGAAUCUAUAAUGAAGGAUAAAUCUGAAUAUCAGGGAAGUUCUGAUGAAGAGGAAGAUAUUAUUGAGAUGUGGCUUGAGAAUAAUGGUGAUUUUUUGAAUUUAUUUGAAACUAUACCUCAUACUGAAAUUACAUGGGGUGAUGAAUCAAGAUUAUUUAAUAAAAUAACUGGAUUGAUUAAUGAUGGUGUCAUUGAAUCAACUAAGAAUUGGGAAAUUUAUCAAAAGAAUAGGAAGAAUCUAUUCAAGAAUUUACUAAAAUCAUUAAAAGAUGAAUCCAAAGAAGCUGAAGAAUUACAAAAAGAGUUAUUAAAAGACAAGAAGAUAGAUACUGAAGAUGAUUUGAAACAAUUGAUACAAAAAAGAAAUGCAGGAAGAAUUGAUGAUUUGAUAUCAAAUCUUGAAGCUAAAUAUGGUGCAAAGAAUAGUAAAGUGAAGAAACCUAAAAAGAAUACAAAGAAACAUGGCAUAACUGGGUCUAAAAGAAAAGAGUAUGAAAUUAAUGAUGAUGAGUUUGCCAAAUUACAACAAAAGAUGAUGAACAGGAAGAAAUGA